AUGAGUAGCGGACGGGUCAACUUGGAGACUUUCUACAUCUUCAAUUCCAUUUAUGGACCCAAAGAAGGAGAGGAACACAAGAAAAUAAUGUUCUACUUUCCAAAGAAAAUAGAUCUGGAUACAAAAAUUAAGCAAAUUGGUCUCAGUGAAGCCAUUGUACAAUUUACAAAAACUUUUUCUGAUCGACCAUGUCAGAGUUUACACACGCAGAAACAUAGACAUAUCUUUUAUGAGCCUGAAAAAAGUUUCUGGAUGGUUGUGCAAAGUCUUUGCUGUAUUUCAAAAACUAAAUUGUCUGGAAAUUUCCUUCUUUCUUUCUUUCCUUCUUUCUUUCUUUCACUCUUUCUUUCUUUCACUCUUUCUUUCUUUCACUCUUUCACUCACUCACUCUUUCACUCACUCACUCUUUCACUCACUCACUCUUUCACUCUUUCUUUCUUUCUUUCACUCUUUCACUCACUCACUCUUUCUUUCUUUUCCUCUUUCCUUUUUUUUUUCUUUUCUUUCUUUUUUUCCUCACUCUUUCUUUCUUUCACUCCUCCUCCUCUUUCUUUCUUUCACUCCUCCUCCUCUUUCUUUCUUUCCUCCUCCUCCUCUUUUCUUUCUUUCUUUCUUUCCUCCUCCUUUCUUUCUUUCUUUUCCUCCUCCUCCUCUUUCUUUUUCUUUCACUCACUCACUCUUUCUUUUUCUUUCACUCACUCACUCUUUCUUUCUUUCACUCACUCACUCUUUCUUUUCUUUUCCUCUCUUUCUUUUCUUUCACUCUUUUCACUUUUCUUUCACUCCUCACUCUUUCUUUUUUCUUUCACUCCUCUUUCUUUCUUUCUUUCACUCACUCUUUCUUUCUUUCUUUCACUCACUCUUUCUUUCUUUCUUUCACUCACUCUUUCUUUCUUUCUUUCACUCACUCUUUCUUUCUUUCUUUCACUCACUCUUUCUUUCUUUUUUUCUUUCUUUCUUUCUUUCUUUCUUUGA